UCCCUUCGCCCCGUCUCGGAUCUUCUGCAUUUGAUUGGAUGAAAACUAUCUUCAUUACUUCGGUUCUGCCUUGUGACUGCUUAGUGAAAACAACAAUGGAGCGAUUUGGAGUGAAAGCUACUCCUUCCCAUAACCGUUCAAAGACAGCUUUGUAUGUGACCCCUCAGGAUCGUGUAACCGAGUUUGGGAGUGAACUGCAUGAAGAUGGAGGGAAAUUGUUCUGUACUUCCUGCAAUAUGGUCCUGAAUCACGUUCGCAAAUCUGCAAUCAAUGACCAUCUCAAGUCUAAAACUCAUACAAAGCGGAAGGCAGAGUUUGAAGAGCAGAGUAUCAGAAAGAAGCCGAGGACUCUGGCAGCUUCUCUCCAAUGCAACAGUUCUGCUCAGACAGAGAAAAUCAGUGUCAUCCAGGACUUUGUGAAGAUGUGCUUGGAAGCUAACAUCCCACUUGAGAAAGCUGACCAUCCAUCGGUGCGAGCUUUCCUGUCUCGCCACGUGAAGAAUGGUAGUUCCAUUCCGCAGUCAGAUCAGCUAAGGAAAACGUACCUGCCUGAUGGAUAUGAGAAUGAGAACCAGCUCCUCGGUACGGAAGGCUGUUGAGAAGAUGACUAUUUUGGGGAUGGAGUAUUAAAGUUACAUAUUGA